AUGGAAAAAGGAUUUAGAAGAUCAGAAGCGGAUCACACUCUUUUCACUUAUCCAAGCCAAAGAGGUAUUAUAGUCAUUCUUAUAUAUGUUGAUGAUAUUAUCAUCUCCAGGAAUGACAAGGUAGGUAUUCAAGAUACCAAACUCUAUCUCAAAUCAGUUUUUGAUAUCAAAGAUCUUGGAGAACUAAAGUACUUUCUUGGGAUAGAAGUUUGUCGUUCUGAAGAAGGACUCUUCUUGUCGCAAAGAAAGUACACACUUGAUCUUUUGAAUGAGGCAGGUAAACUUGGAUCAAAACCAGUUGAAACUCCACUUGAAGAAGACUACAAGGCUGGUCAUAAGGGGGAGCUGAAUGAUGCUUCUUUCGAAGAUGUAAAACAGUAUCGACGGUUGGUAGGUAAGCUUAUUUAUCUCACCAUUUCUCGACCUGAUAUAUGCUUUGCUGUGAACCAGGUGAGUCAACAUAUGCAGAAGCCAACAUUACAUCAUUGGAAAAUGGUGAGCCGAAUACUCAAGUAUCUCAAAGGAUCACCAGGACAAGGCAUAUGGAUGGGAUGUAAUGGAAAUGCAGAGCUGGUAGGAUACUGUGAUGCAGAUUAUGCUGGGGAUCAUGAAGAUAGACGCUCAACAUCUGGUUAUUGCACGUUUGUUGGAGGAAAUCUUGUCACUUGGAAGAGUAAGAAACAAAAGGUGGUAUCUCUCUCAAGUGCAGAGUCUGAAUACAGGGCAAUGAGGAAGCUCACAACCGAACUCAUGUGGCUCAAAGCUCUCUUGAAGGAUCUAGGCAUCGAGACUCCAAAGCCGAUCACAAUGCAUUGUGACAAUGAAGCCGCUAUUCACAUUGCAUCAAACUCAGUAUUUCAUGAAAGGAAGAAACACAUAGAAGUGGACUGCCACAAAGUCAGAGAACAAGUUUAG